AUAGCAAGUCUCUCGUUUUUCAGCUUGCAGAGGCGGUUUUUUGUGUUUGAUGAACCACUAGUCCGGCCCUCAGCAACAAUAGCAAAAGAAAAGCGGCCAGACCAUGUCUUCCCAAGAGCGGAGCGGGGUUCGUAAGCUGGCCCGCGAAGCUGCCAUCCAAAUCGCGUCUGGCGGCUCGGCAGGGUUCGUCGAGAUCUGCAUGAUGCAUCCGUUGGACGUCGUCAAGACGAGAUUCCAGGUGCAGCGCAACAACGUCGCUCCCGAACAGCGCUACAAAUCCAUCGCGGACUGCUUCCGGAGGAUGAUCCGAGCAGAAGGAUUCCUGUCCAUCUACAAGGGCAUCCUCCCGCCGAUCCUGGCCGAAACGCCCAAACGAGCCGUCAAGUUCUUCACCUUUGAACAGUACAAAAAGCUCUUUUCGUACGGCUCGCCUCCGCAGGCUGUCACGCUGUCCCUAGCAGGCCUCUUCGCCGGUCUCACAGAGGCUGUCUUCGUGAACCCUUUCGAAGUGGUCAAGGUCCGGCUCCAGACUGACCGUGAGGUCGUGACUCGGCAGCCGAGUACCUUUGCCGUAGCACGUAGCAUAUACCGCGCGGCCGGUUUCGGACUGCGCGGUCUCAACCUAGGACUGACUUCGACUCUGGGACGUAACGGUGUCUUCAACAUGGUCUACUUCGGGUUCUACUUCACCGUGAAGGACAAGCUUCCCAAGGUCGAGAGUGAGGCGGCGACGUUCGCGAUGCGACUGGCCACUGGGUUCGUCGCCGGCACUGGAGCGUCGAUGGUCAACAUCCCGUUCGACGUGGCCAAGAGUAGAAUCCAGGGACCUCAGCCGGGACCUCAUGGAACUAUCAAGUACAGGACCUGUCUGCAGAGCAUGCGCACCGUCUACGUCGAGGAAGGUUUCCUGGCGCUGUACAAGGGUUUGCUGCCCAAGGUUCUUAGACUGGGACCGGGAGGGGCUGUCAUGCUCGUGGUCUACGAGCACAUGAACGAGUUCCUCAGGAAUAAGUUCCCGGGUUGAUGCUUUUUGGAGGCUAGCCGAAGUGCCGACCCGUAGGCACUGACAGAUGUGGAUCGACACGGUGGACUUUUAGGUUACCCUUUCUUUGGCGCGAGCACCUUGCUUUUCAUUGAACUUUGGCAGAGUACUGAUUGUGUCUUAUUAAAACUCAGAGAAGGUUUGAUUCUCAGGCCUGACAUUUUGGCAGCUGGAUGGCAUUGUGUCUUUUCAAACCUGUCCUUGACUGCAGUCCGUAAUGAAAACUGAUUUUGAUUGCACGUGCGCAUUGGUGCAGGGUGACGGAUGGUUGGACACACUUAGUUACCGCGAUUGUGAUGUGUUGGGGGAAGCAAUAUGAAAUGUCCGGUUUAAUCAUAGAUGUCUAUUCUUGUGUGUUUUGGCCGGCGUACAUUUGUUGUGUGCUAUAUGUUAUGUUUGUUGGAUAUUAGAUGUGUGUAUAGUAUAAAAAUAAUAUACGCGGUAUUUUUCUUGUUCUGGCAUAUCAUUGCCUUGUUUUAUAGAACGUAUGGUUUGCUCCUCUGGUGAGAGCGGUGUAGGCAUGCUUGUUUUGGAAAGGGGCACCCCUGUGUUUCACUGGCUUGGAAGAAGUUACGCAACGGGUAUAUAUCGCCAGAUGUGGCCUCUUGUGCUUCCCUGUUAUAUUGAGGCCGUCUGUCAGGCGCCAUGUCAAUAAGCCUCUGCGACUCGUGGAAGUCGGACCACUCAGAUAAAUAAAUAGGCGCAAAUAAAUAUGAAAUUGAACACGUGUAACGGC